UAAACAAAUGAAAGAAUAAAAUUAAAACAACAAAAAUAUACAAAUAAUAAAGAACUUCUGAAAAAUUAAGACAAACAUUGUGAUAUUUAUUUGCAAAAAUAAAAACAAAAAAACCAACAAGUGUGUUGUUUUGUUUACAACGACGCAAACUCUUAAGAAUAACGAAAGUGUGUUUAUGUAUAUUUGCCGGUUAUUGCCACUAUGGCCCACUCCUUUAGCAGUAGCAGCAAAAACAACAACAGGUCACCCGCAUAGUUGUGUGUUGUCAGCGUGAAAAUCCCACUAAAUGUUUAUGACACAUUAUUAUUUGUGUUUGCUGUUGUUUUAUUAUUCAGUUUUUCGGCCCGUACUCACAUCCACACAUAAUCGACGUCAUUGUUGGUUAAGAAGUGUAUUGGACAAUAAUACUUUGAAUUUCGUUUUUUGGUUUUUAAAUUUUAAUAAUAUAGUACAAGCGUACACGGAGAUCUAUAGUCCGCCGUGGAAUUUUAAAGAAAUUAUGUAAUUUAUCGCGACAAUUGAGCAAAUAAUUAAAAUAAAAAUUAAAACAAUUUUAUGGAUUUUAAGAGAUCUUAGUGAAGUUUGUUUAAAAUGGAUUUGUUGCUAUUUUUAACGGCAGCUGGCCAUCUUGUCUUUACCCCAUUUACCAAAGUGGAGGAAAGUUUUAAUCUACAGGCUAUGCAUGAUAUUUUAUACUUACGACAUAAUUUUACACAGUAUGAUCAUCAUGAGUUUCCUGGUGUAGUGCCACGCACUUUUUUGGGUCCCUUGUUUAUAUCGAUUCUAUCAUCGCCAUUUAUUUUACUGUUUGAAACUUUGAAUAUCAACAAAUUUUGGGCGCAAUAUGUAGGUAAACAAAAAGAAAUGUAUUGA